AUGGGUUCUGUGAGACCAAGAGAUGCUCCUAUAACGAGACGACGGCAACAAGGAGGUGCUGGUGUAAUGAUAUUGGCUGGUAUUGUUAAUAGAACCAUCAUUGGACCGUUUAAAGUUGACGAAGGUGUAAAACGCAAUGGUACUAAUUAUUGUGAAUUCUUGGAUCAAACUUUCUUUGAAUGGUACAAACGUCAGCCUCACAAUUUCAAGAUAAAGUGUAUAUUUAUGCAUGAUAAUGUUCCAUCACAUGCUUCUCGCCUAUCUUGUGAGUUUCUUGAGCGCGAACGAUUUACUGAAGACAAAACGAUGGAGCGGUCACCGUCGAGCCCUGACUUGAACUCAGUAGAAAACCCCAGGUCAAUCAUCAAACAGAAACUCUAUGAAGGAGGCAAACAGUACAACAGUAAGGUAGAACUGUGGGAUACUAUACAAAGUAUUACAGCUGCAGCUUCGCCAGAUCAAAUUGGAAAACCAACAAAUUCGAUGGACAAGAGAUUAGUAACGUGGAUUGAAAAGGAAGGUCGUUAUGAUUGA